AUGUCAGCAUUUUCUGACCUGGUAGCCAGCUCCACCUACCAGUCAGCAUUCUCUGGCCAGGCAGCCAGCUCUCCCUACCAGUCAGCAUUCUCUGACAUGGUAGCCACCUCUUCACACCAGUCACUAUUCUCUGACCUGGCACCAAGUUCCUCCCGCCACUCAGCAUCCUCUGACCUUACACACGGCUCUUCCUUUGACCUGGUAGCCAGUUCAUCCCAAAAGUCACCCUUCUCUGACCUGAAACCCACCUCUUCACACCAGUCAGCAUUCUCUGACCUAGGAACCAUCUCCUCCCACCAUUCAUCAUCCUCUGACCUGGCAUACAGAUCUUCUCACAUGUCGGCCUUUACUGACCUCGCACAAACCUCCUCCCUCCACUCAGCAUCCUCUGACAUUGCAAACGGCUCUUCCCACCAGUCAGCAUUCCCUGACCUGGAACCCAGCUCCUCCCGCCACUCAGCAUCCUCUGACCUUGCACACAGCUCUUCCCACCAGUCACCAUUCUCUGACCUGGGACCCACCCCUUCCUACCAGUCAGCAUCCUCUGAUCUGUCAGCAUCCUCCCACCAGUCACCAUUCUCUGACCUGGCACCCACCUCUUCACACCUGUCAGCCUUCUCUGACCAGGCAGACAGCUCCUCCCACCAGUCAGCAUUCUCUGACCUGGUAGCCAGUUCCACCUACCAGUCAGCAUCCUCUGACCUGUCAGCAUUCUCUGACAUGGCACCCAGCUCCUCCCGCCACUUAGCAUCCUCUGACCUUGCACACGGCUCCUCCCACCACCAGUCAGCAUUCUCUGACCUGGCAGGGAGCUCCUCUUCCCGCCAGUCAGCAUUCUCUGACCUGGUACCCAACUCCUCCCGCCACUCACCAUCCUCAGACCUUGCACACGGCUCUUCCCAUCAGUCAGCAUUCUCUGACCUGGCAGCCAGCUCCUCCUACCAGUCAGCAUUUUCUGACCUGGCACCCACCUCUUCACAUCAGUCACUAUCCCCUGACCUGGGAACCAGCUCCUCCCACCAGUCAGCAUUCUCUGACCUGUCAGCAUACUCUGACCUGGUAGAAAGCUCCUCCCACCAGUCAGCAUUCUCUGACCUGGCAGCCAGCUCUUCCCACCAGCCAGCAUUCUCUGACUUGGCAGCAUCCUCUGACCUUUCAGCAUUCUCUGACCUGGCAACAAGAUUUUCCCAUCAGCCAGCAUCCUUUGACCUGGCACCAACCUCUUCACACCAGUCAGAAUUCUCUGACCUGGCACCCAACUCUUCACACCAGAUAGCAUCAUCUGACCUGCCUUCUGACCUGGCAGACAGCUCCACCCACAAGUCAGGUUUCUCUGACCUGGUAGCAUUCUCUGACCUAGCAGCCAGCUCCUCCUACCAGUCAGCAUUCUCUGACCUGGCAUCCACCUCUAUACACCAGUCACUAUCCUCUGACCAUGUAACCAGCUCCUCCCACAACUAUUUCCACCAGUCAGCAUCCUUUGACCUGGUACCAACCUAUUCACACCAGUCAGCAUUCUCUGUCCUGGCACCCAACUCUUCACACCAGUUAGCAUCAUCUGACCUGAGCUCCACCCACAAGUCAGCAUUCUCUGACCUGGUAGCCAGCUUCACCUAUCAGUCAGCAUCCUCUGACCUUGUAGCCAGCUCCUACCACCAGUCAGCAUUCUCUGACCUGGCAGCGAGCUCCCCUUCCCACCAGUCAGCAUUCUCUGACCUGGCACCCACCUCUUCCCGCCACUCAACAUCCUCUGACAUUGCACACGGCUCUUCCCACCAGACAGCAUUCUCUGACCUGGCAGUCAGCUCCUCCUACCAGUCAGCAUUCUCUGACCUGGCAUCCACCUCUUCACACCAUUCACAAUCCUCUGACCAUUCAGCAUUCUCUGACCUGGCAACCAGCUCCGUCCAGUCAGCAUACUCUGACCUGGCAACCAGCUCCCACCAGUCAGCAUCCUCUGACCUGGCACCUACCUCUUUACACCAGUCAGCAUACUCAGACCUGUCAGCAUAUUCUGACCUGUUAGCCAGCUCCUCCCACCAGUCAGAAUCCUCUAACCUGGCACCCAGCUCUUCACACCAAUCAGCUUUCUCUGACCUGGCAGACAGCUCCACCCACCAGUCAUUACCAUCCUGUGACCUGGUAGCCAGCUACUCCCACCAGUCAGCAUUCUCUGACCUGGCAACAAGCUUCGACCAGUCAGCAUUCUCUGAUCUGGCAACCAGCUCCCACCAGCCAGCUUUUCACACCAAUCAGCAUCCUCUGACCUGGCACCCACUUCUUUACACUAGUCAGCAUACUCAGACCUGGUAG